AUGGCUGCUGAAAAGGGUCUUGAAAGAACUUGUCUUGUGAGCGAGAGGGACACCAGGAAGUACUCCUUGGCCCUAGACAGGAUGAGCUGGCUUCAGAAGAAUUCAAAUGAAGGGAGGCAGCAGCAGGAAGCAGAAGUUACAGGAACUAAUCCAGCAUAUCACUGUCACAGCUACUCACAAGCCUAUGAGAACAGAAAGAGGGAGCAGCAUCAAGCCAGGAGGAAGCUCUGUGUAGCAUCAGUACUUUGCACCUUCUUCAUGAUUGCUGAGAUAACAGGGGAGUAUGUGUGUGGGCAGAUGGCCGGGAGCCUGGCAGUAGUCAGCGACGCAGCACACAUCCUAGUGGACCUGACCAGCUUCCUGAUCAGCCUCUUCUCACUGUGGCUCACCUCCAAACCUCCUACCAAACAGUUAACUUUUGGGUGGCACCGAGCAGAAAUUCUGGGAGCUUUGAUGUCUAUGAUAAUAGUUUGGAUGGUGACCGGUGUAUUGACAUAUUUGGCUUGCAUGAGGCUGCUACACCCGGAUUAUGAUAUUGAUGCUACAGUAAUGCUCAUUACCUCUGCUUGUGCCGUGCUCACCAACAUCCUACUAAGCCUGAUUCUGCACCAGACUGGCCACGGACACGGCCAUGGGGCACAAGCCAUGGAACACUUGUCUGCCCCUCUGGAAAAGCCAGCUCUGAGCAAUGCCAGCCUGCGGGCAGCCUUUGUGCACACCAUUGGAGAUCUCUUCCAGAGUAUUAGUGUGCUAAUUAGUGCACUUAUCAUCUUCUUUAAGCCACAGUACAAAAUAGCUGAUCCAAUCUGCACAUUUGUGUUUUCCAUCUUUGUUUUGGCAACUACCAUCACGAUUUUAAGGGACAUUUUAACUGUGUUAAUGGAAGGAACAUUAAAAGGAUUUGCUUAUGAUGCUGUAAAAGCAAGAAUUUUAGCAGUUGAAAAAGUGGAGUCUGUUCACAACCUUCAUCUUUGGUCUCUGACAAUGAAUCAAACUGCCCUCUCUGCUCACAUUGCCACAGCAGACACAACAGACAGCCGGAAGAUUUUGAGAGAUGUUACCCAAGCCCUGUUUGAGCACUACAGCUUCCAUUCCGUCACCAUUCAGAUUGAAUCAGGAGAGGAUCAGAAACCUGACUGUGUCUUCUGCCAAGAGCCCAAGGAUUAA